ACAGGUUUUCCAAAAGACUGCAGUGGAAUUUCACGAGACAAGGAGAGUGGAAUCUAUGUUAUACAUCCCAAAGAUUCACAUCCACUGCUUGUGUACUGUGACAUGACAACCUACAGUGGAGGUUGGAUUGUCAUCCAGCGUAAUUCCUUUAACUCCGAGAUUACGUGGGAUGAGUCCUGGACUACCUACAAAUAUGGCUUUGGCAAUGUUGAGAAGGAUUACUGGCUGGGCAUUGAAUAUAUUCACCAAAUCACUAAGCAGAGGGUGUAUCAGGCCCGUUUUGUUAUUCUUGACAAUAACAAUGUAGAAAAAUAUGCUGACUACAACCUGUUCAGUGUGGAGGAUGAAGCUAAUGGCUACAAGCUGAGGCUGGGAAGCUACACGGGCACUGCAGGAGAUGCCAUGUCCUCAGUAAGUCCAGGGCUAACACAUGACAACAUGAAGUUCUCAAGUAAGGAUAAAGAUCAAGACAUUUAUAGUGCCAACUGUGCUUCCAGUUAUGGUGGUGCAUGGUGGUAUGGAGCAUGCUAUGCCUCCAAGCUGAACAACAAAAAUGGCAUACACUGGCAGGGACUCUGUAAUGGGAACUGCCAAGGGUCAUCCAUUUUAAUACGUCCUGCAGACUAUUGCCUCUAUCUGGACUAA